AUGAACAUUAAUCGAAGGCAAUCGGUCAGGACACCGUACAAAAGCAGACUUAGACCAUGUCAUCUGAACUACUCUGACGAGCGUCUGUGGGAACUGAGUUAUUUGAUAGCCAAAUGCAAGGAGCUAAAUUUGGAAGCGGAAUAUAAGAAGUAUCAGAUUCGUUUGAUGAUCAGUAACCUAUCCGUUUUCUAUGUUUUGUACACACUUGUGUCCCUUGUUUUCAUAGCAGUCGAACUGCUUUUCGUUGAGCGCUUAGAAGGCAUCAUCGUUGACUUAUGCGUCAAGAUAAUAACAUAUGCAAUAGUAGUAAGCUUAUUAAGUAUUAAUUUCUGCGAAAACUUUGUAAUUCGCCACCGGUGGGUAAUGAUUUUAACCUCUGGCUUAGCGGCAUACGUUGUAGUAAUUGCAGAUUUAGCGGAGAACCUAUAUCAUUAUCACAGGAGCGGCUGGCCUCUCAAUGCUACAUAUGACGUCUUUGUGCUCUGCAUGAUCUACAUGUUCAUGCCCAUACCCUCGAUCAGGGGAGCAGCCCUACUGGCCACCUCAGUCAGCAUCGUAUACGUCGCCUACUACAUAUACUCACUCCCGUUUACCACGAUGUUCCACGAGGAGAAGAGUAACACCUACGAUGUGCUAUCCGUCGAUAUUUUACACAACGUGGGCUUCAACAUGAUGGGCAUAUUUUUCCGCGUCAUGAACGAGACAAUGGUGCGUGCCUCCUUCCUGGACCGCCAUCAGUUCAUCAUGGAGGAGAAGUGGUUGCGCCACGCCCUGCAGCAGGAAUCGAUGCUUCUGGACAGUGUCCUGCCGCCCCAGAUCGCGAAACCCAUCCAGGAUAGCAUUAAGAACAAGAUCAAGCAAAACGAAGCGACCGAGUUCGAUCGCUAUCACAUGAAAAAUUCAAGGAUGACGGAACACUUUAUGGCCAUCCAGAUCCAUCCGGAUGUCUCCAUCCUGUACGCAGAUGUGGUCAACUACACCCACUUGACAACUACGCUUACGGUGGAGAACCUGGUGAAGGUCCUGCACGACUUGUACGGCAGAUUCGACAUGGCUGCCUCCACUUUCAAUGUGCAGCGCAUCAAGUUUCUAGGUGACUGCUACUAUUGUGUGGCAGGUUUGACGACUCCCGAUCCAGAUCACGCAAAAUGUGCUGUCUCCUUGGGCAUUUCCAUGAUCGCCAACAUCCAGGAAGUGCGGACUGAGCGUGAAUUGGACAUCGACAUGCGCAUAGGCGUCCAUUCAGGAUCUCUUAUUGCAGGCGUUAUCGGGGAGGCCAAGCUGCAGUUCGACAUUUGGGGUUCUGAUGUGGAGAUCGCCAAUCGUUUGGAGUCUACUGGAAGACCAGGAUAUGUACACGUCAGUGGACGAACUCUGAGCAACUUGAACGUUUCCAAUUAUGUGAUAAUGUCGGGUCCAGAAAAGGCACGAAAUGACCCAAUGCUGCAAUCAAUGAGCACCUAUCUAAUUACUGGCCAAGUGAACCGCACUUCAGUUGCAUCCACAAUGGAAGGAGUUUUAUCCGGUUCGAGUCUUGAUAUUAAACCUGUGGAAAGUGUACGGUCACGCAGAGCAAGUGGCGUAUCAAUGACCGAAGAGUUGCGCGAAGAGUUCCGAAAUAUGCCAGUAGGGGGCUUUGACUUUCAUUCGCCUUGCUGCCGCCAAGCUACUAAUGAGUCUCACAAGAAAACAGAGCGCGAGAUCGGAAUGUUUUGUGCAGCCUUUAAGGAUAAAAAUCUGGAAUGGAAUUUUAUGCACCAGCCGGACUUUAUCUUCAAGUCCUCGAUGCUGCUAGCCUGGGCAAUCGGUUGCUGCCUGAUCUACAUCCAAAUAGUAAACAAUACUUUUCAGUGCAAUGUAUGCCUGGUGGUGGACCUACUCACGUUUUUUUUUCUGACCUCUCUGCUGUGCAUCUCUUGGUACAAGAAAUUUUGUUGGUGGAAAAGUGGGCGCUUUGAAUUCCAAAUGCACAACAAAUAUAGCUGCAUGGUAUUUCACCUGUUCGAGAAAAUCCAACAUAGUGUCACGCUGCGCAUUAGCACCUAUUUGAUGAUUGUCAUUUGCUACUAUUCGGUGAUCUCUCUGAUAAUGAUUGACUGUGACCGUGACAUAUUUGAGCUGAGUUAUAUAGAGAGCAAACUCUUUCACUACGAAAUGGAUCAGGGCAUAUGCUUCCAUCCUUGGUCCUUUACCAACAUGAUUUCCCUGAUCCUUGGCAUUAGUUACACAUUCGCCCGCAUCCCGUUUUCCCUGAAGAUAUUUAUCAGUUGCUGCGAAACCGUCGCCUUCGUGCUGAUCGUGUUUUUCCAAUUCGCGUUCAAUUUUCAGCACAGUGCUACCACGACUCCGUAUAUGAGAGCGGAAAUAGCGCAUUGUCUCCGGGUCUGCAUGAUGUUGGCCACUAUGUAUGCCAAGGAGCGCCAGUCAGAAUUCAACACUAAAAUGAACUUCAAGCUCAACGUGGAUUUGCAAAGCAAGCAAAAGGCGGCCGAUGUUACAAACCAAUCAAUCAUAAUUCUUCUCAAUAAUAUUCUCCCUUCUCAUGUUGUCGACCUCUAUCUCAACUCCUUAGCCAGACACGAACUGUACUAUGAAAACUAUCAAAUGGUGUCGGUCAUGUUCGCCAUGCUAAUUAAUUUUCCAAUGAAUUUGCCCAGCUUACGAGUGCUAAACGAUAUCAUAACAGAAUUCGAUAGACUGUUAAUUGCCUACAGGGAAUACUACGUAGUUGAGAAAAUCAAAGUCGUUGGUUGCACUUAUAUGGCAGCAUGUGGAUUGGAUUUUAACUUGGCCUCAAACAUCCGGCAAAGCAGUCACGUUCGCCAUAGCUCACUUCAUUUCGAGGUGGAACAGGCGCGAAGUCAACGAUUGACCGAUGAGAACUAUGACAGCGAUUUCAGCAAUGACGAGGUGGUCUUCAUCAUGACCACGUUCGCUCUGGACCUGAUGCGCACCCUCUCGGCGUGCAACAAGGCCUACUCGGAUUCCGUUUUCGAGAGGUCCCUGUCCAGCGGAGAGAUCUGCAUCGGAAUCUCCAGUGGCGAGAUAAUGGCCGGCGUGGUGGGCGCUUCCCAGCCGCACUACGACAUCUGGGGAAAUCCGGUCAACAUGGCCUCCCGAAUGGAGUCUACGGGGCUGCCUGGGCACAUCCAGGUGACGGAGGAGUCCGCCGAAAUUCUCCAGCAGUUCGACAUUCUGUGCCAAUACCGCGGCAUGACCUAUGUGAAGGGCCGUGGUGAAAUACCCACCUACUUCGUAGGCAUUGAUGAGAACUUGAAGUUCAUGUCCGCAAAGUUUGAGAAGCAGGGUUCGACAAGACGAUUUUCAGUAAUGUCUUCACUAGAUCCAGACUCUGUAGGUAGGGAUUCUUCUACCUGGACUGCAUCAAGCGAAUAGCUUUAUAUAUAGCUUUUGCAAAAUUUUAUCAAAUAUGUAUUUUAAAUAUAACCAUUAGGGUCCCCUU